CAGGGCGGAGAGGAACAUCUGGGCCGGCUCCAGCCUUCCUUCGUUUUCUUUGACCACACCCACGGCCACAUUUCUCCUCUCUGCGCUCCUACCUGUCCGCGGGAGCCAAAUCCGUGCGUCAAAAGAUCGGCACGAAGUUGAACUGAGGCGGAAUAAAUGGGAAAAUCAACAAGCCGGCGGUUGUUUUAGAGAGAUAUGGAGUAAACGUCUCAAAGUGAAAGGAGAAACAGUAACCAUAGAGAGAAUAAUUUCAGACAACAGAUAUUUGACGACGAGUCAGCAACAUCAGCAACAUGGACUGGAAAACCUUCCAAAACCUCCUCAGUGGAGUGAACAAAUACUCCACUGCGUUUGGACGGGUAUGGCUGUCGGUGGUGUUUGUGUUCAGGGUGCUGGUGUACGUGGUCGCAGCUGAACGGGUUUGGGGGGAUGAGCAGAAGGACUUUGACUGCAACACCAAGCAGCCUGGCUGUGCUAACGUCUGCUACGAUCACUUCUUCCCCAUCUCCCACAUCCGCCUGUGGGCCCUGCAGCUCAUCUUCGUCACCUGCCCUUCGUUAAUGGUGGUGAUGCAUGUGGAGUACCGCAAAGACCGCGAGCGAAAGCACAGGGCCAAAUUCGGUGAUGACAGCAAGCUGUACAACAACACUGGCAAGAAACAUGGUGGGCUGUGGUGGACCUACCUGUUAAGCCUUUUUGCAAAAACGGGUAUUGAGAUUGCCUUCCUCUACAUCCUUCACCACAUCUACGACAGCUUCUACCUACCGAGGCUCGUCAAGUGCCAGGUGAUGCCCUGUCCCAACGUGGUUGAUUGCUACAUCGGUCACCCAACGGAGAAGAAGGUCUUCACCUACUUCAUGGUUGGAGCUUCGGCCCUCUGUAUCAUCCUGAACAUAUGUGAGAUCAUUUAUCUCAUCGCCAAGAGAAUUGCACGGAUCAUAAACAAGUGCAAAAAGCACAAUCGCAGCAUUGUGCAUCAUGACGACUACACUAACGACAAUUUCCACAACUUCAACAUGGUUUUGCCAGAGAGAGCUAGGGACGAUAAACCUCCACCCUUCAAGAAUGUAUACAAAGCAACAACUCGGCUAGAAGUACUUGGGACAGAUCCAAAAAUACGGGCCUCUGCUCCCAACUUGACCCUAUCAUUGUCAUGAUGGAAGUCAGUUCCACAGCUCAAAAGCUGAGAACUGCUUUGGCUGGAUCCCAGGUCACAAACCUUAAAAAACAUUACAGAUGCAGACUCAUGAGCCAAAUUACGGAAUGUUUCAGAGCUGCGUCAUUGGUACUGGAUUCAUUGUGACUUUGUGUCCGCAUCUAAAACUCUGAAGUAAUUGUUUGAACUUUGGUCUCCAAGUCAACAUCCACAAUAUUUACAAGUCAACUGUUAAAUUUAAGUUGGAUUUGUUGGUGAUAUGUGAUUGUUCGUUUUGGAUACUAUAAAUAUAUCUGUGCCAUUUAAGCUCUUCUACUUUUAAAAACAAGAUAGUGAGGGUUUUAUCAGCUUUACUUUUGAGGAGUUUUGGUAUGGGGAGGGAGUGUCACAAAAGAAGCAAAGACACACCUGGUAGAAGUAUUCACCCUGCCUGCCCGUGUCUACAGUGGUGUGUCAGGAAGUGAUUUCGUAAUCUACAGUUUACCCAUCAAAAAGGGAUUUUUACAAUUUAAUUUCCUCUCAGUUUAUGGUUUCAGCAUCUUGAUUUUAUGUAAAUCCAGUGAAGAAAAGGACACCCUUCUUCAUGGGUAUGUAGAUGCUUCAGAGUUUGUAUUAAAGGUGUCCAGAGAUUACAUUUUUUAUUCUCAGACAAAAUCAAAUGCAUUUGUUUUGCAUUUUAUUUUUUUAAAUCCUUUCUCUGUGUCAGGUUUGUACUGCUUUGACUCUUUGUGUCUUGACAUACUUGUGCACAACCUCACUCGAUCCAAGACCACUGUUGAUUCAAGUCAACGUCAAGGGAAUACUGCUGUUUGCUCUGUCUUUAGGACUGAAUCAUGUUGGAUGAAAACUGGACAGACCUGGAUGUGGCUUUUGGAACUGUAACAGUCCAGUCUCGACGUCACCUGGAAAUGUCUUGAUUGCAGAUGCUGUUAAUAUUCGUCCUUUUUGUAAAAGUGUAAAUGUAUGACAACAA